AUGCUUGGAAAGAAACUAAACAUAAAGAACUAUGAGUCUUCAAUAGAACUUCAAAAUUUUAAAAAUUAUGAUGAAAAAUAUGGAACUAUCUUAAUAUCAACAGAGAUCGGCGCAUUAGGGACUAUUGCAUAUAUGAAUGAAAGAGCUGCAAUAAUGCUCAAAGUAUCUUCUGCUGAAAUGAUUAGGCGAGAUUUUAACCAGUUUAUACCCAAACCGUUUUCUUUAAAUCACAAUCACUAA